AUGGCAACUGUUAUUCACCCACCCCGGGAUCCCAACACCCUGAGCAACUAUAAUAAUUGGGUAUCUACCCAUAUAACCGCAAAUUUCGAUAUCUUAUUUGAACAGAAGAAGCUUGUUGGGAAUGUUGUUCAUAAGCUCAGGUCCAUCACCGAUGCAAGAUCUACGGAAAUCAUCUUGGAUACGAACCACGUGGAUAUCGGUGAUGUGAGAGUCGACGGCCAAGCUUCUCACUGGGAGCUCCUUCCCCCACUGGAGCCAUAUGGUGCUGCAUUGAAGAUUAAGCUUGACCAGGCCGUGGGGUUGAACGAUAUGGUCGAGGUUGAUAUCUCGGUUAAGACGACCGAAAAGUGCACUGCCCUUCAGUGGCUGACUCCAGCCCAAACUUCUAAUAGGAAACACCCAUAUAUGUUUUCUCAAUGCCAGGCUAUCCAUGCACGGUCAAUUUUCCCGUGUCAGGAUACACCAGAUGUCAAGUCUACUAUUGACUUCAAUAUUACUUCACCUCUCCCUGUGGUUGCCAGUGGAUUACCGGUUCGAGACAUCAUAGAAAAAGCCCAACCAGGCAGUAAAACUCUGUACCAGUUUCACCAGAAACUGCCUAUCCCAAGUUAUCUGUUCGCGUUAGCUAGUGGUGAUAUCUCGGAAGCUGCAAUUGGGCCCCGGAGUGUUGUUGCAACUAGCCCUGACAAACUUAGUGAAUGCCAGUGGGAGCUUGAAGCGGAUACUGAAAACUUCAUAAAUGCAAUUGAGAAAAUCGUCUAUCCUUAUGCUUGGGGCGAGUAUAAUGUCCUGAUUCUUCCCCCUAGCUUUCCAUAUGGAGGCAUGGAAAACCCAAUUUUCACCUUCGCAACUCCCAGCAUUAUCUCAAAGGAUCGGGAAAAUGUCGAUGUUAUUGCUCACGAACUCGCUCAUAGCUGGAGUGGUAAUCUUGUCACCAAUGCUUCAUGGGAACACUUCUGGUUGAACGAAGGCUGGACUACUUACCUUGAGAGACGUAUCCUAGCUGCGGUACAUGGUGAGGCCUAUCGACAUUUCUCAGCCAUCAUUGGUUGGAAAUCUCUUGCGGAUUCUGUGGAGCAUUUUGGACAUGACCAUCCGUUUACUAAGUUAGUCACUGACCUUAAAGGGAAGGACCCUGAUGAUGCAUUCUCAAGUAUUCCGUACGAAAAGGGAUUCAAUUUCUUAUUUCACUUGGAAAAUCUGUUGGGGAAGGAAAAGUUUGACCGAUUCAUACCUCAUUAUUUUACGAAGUUCAAAGGAAAGUCUCUCGAUUCGUAUGAGUUUAAGGCAACCAUGCUCGAAUUUUUCCAGCAUGAUCUGGAAUCCUCCAACCUCUUGAAAAAUGUGGAUUGGGAUGCGUGGUUCUAUGCUCCUGGCUUGCCCCCGAAGCCACAAUUCGACACAUCCCUCGUUGAUGUCGUUUACGAGCUAUCUAGCAAAUGGAAGUCCCUUCCUGACUCAUCCUUUCAACCUCGGACAAGCGAUAUUGAGGGGCUGACAGCAAACCAAAUCGUGGUCCUCUUGGAACAAAUUCUUCUGUUCGAGCGGCCGCUUACCCCUGACCUUUCGAGGAUUCUGGGUGAAGUCUACGGUCUCGCCAAGAGUGAGAACAUUGAAGUCGCCAAUCUCUAUUUUCAAGUAGGGCUAAGGGCCGGCGACGAGACCGUAUACAAACCGACGGCAAGACUAUUAGGCAAAAUCGGUAGGAUGAAAUUUGUACGACCUCUAUACCGAAACCUACAAAAGGUUAAUCGCCCUCUUGCCAUCGAGACAUUUGAGAAGAAUAAAGAUUUCUAUCAUCCCAUCUGUCGCGCGAUGGUUGAGAAAGAUCUCUUCGGAAAGAGGGAAGAGUAG